AUGGGGAUGAACAUGGAGAUGCGUGGGGAGGAGACCUGGCGAGCGGCGGCGGUCGAACAAGGUCGUGAAGUGGGCGGCAGCUUGCCCAAAUCCGGCCAUGCCAACCGCGCGCCGGGGGCGGGUUUGGGGACCUAUCUAACUAUCCACUUUGAUAAUGCAAUGGCAGAGUACACGUUAUCCUCUCGGAUCUUCGGCAUGCUGAAAAAGGAAGGAAAAUGUGUUGAUGAAUUACUCAUUGCUGGGACGAGAUAUCACAAUCUGAAUCACAGCGAAGAACCGCCGAGUCGAAUUGAUCUCAAGGAUAACCGUGGCUAUAGGCAGCACGGUCUUCAUGCCGCCCUCAUUCGCUUUCAUAUUUCGACAUACGUUGGACUAGCGAGGCAGCCUAUACUUGCCUCAACCGACGCGUUGGGAUCAAGAGGCUCCCGCAAGUUUCCCGCACCGACGGCGCGCGCGAACGUUGAUGGUGGUGGUCGGGACAAGAAAUACGCCUCAAGUCUUGUUUGCGCCGGCAGGCUGCUGUCCCGCGUCGCUGGAUUGGAACCAAGACUUUUCACCAAGGGCGAUCAGCCAGCGCCAAGUGACGUGAUGUCUCCCCCGGCUGGGCGUCUGGGCUCUGCCAAGAAGGAACCUGAAGAGCUGGCCAAGUCGGGCCUGGCGGCAGGGUUUACUGAGCUCCAGGAGGAAGAGGGGACCAAGAAGAUGGAGAACAAGACUGGAAACUGGAUACCCGACAUGUUCGCACUCCGCAAGCUCGCAGCUCGCAGCUCGCCGCCGGCCGGUGGAUCCCGAAUGGACCGUUUCGGGCUUAAGUCGACGGGGCCAUCAACUGCCGCUCGGCCAUCUUCCGUGAGGGCGAAGACGGAGUGCGCCCGCGAGCCUCGAAGCCAUUUUGGAAUCGAGUCAUCGCACCCCGGUCUGCUCCGGUUUAUUGAUACCUAG